GCACAGUCAAACUUUCCAUAGUAGAUACUGCAUGUUGAUGGCAAGGAUCGAUGGGAUGCAAGCCGCUGGGUCCACUGGCGUCACCCCUUGCUCCAGACCCACAAGCAUAGUCGGCUCCGGCACGAGUGAGGGUCAGGGAUCUACAUCCCCGGAUUCUUUAUCCUUGGAAGCCUGCAGCACUGGCUAUUAUGUUGAUUUUGUUUGUAUAGUGCAUCGGCGCGCAAAAUGUAGACGUGAUUGGCGCUCUGAAGACGGAGUUGGCAUACACAUCGGCGUGUCUCCUGAUAGCUAUAAGCUGGAGAUAUGUGGUUAUCUCAAAGUUUCCAAGGCUUCAAAGCUUUUUCCGCUGCAUCAAAAUCUACUUUGAGCUUUGGUGUCUCUUAACGAGCCCGUAAAUUAAAGGGGAUAGUAAGAAUGCAGUUGGGCAAGUCAAGGUACAGGUCGAGAGACAGAAUGCUCGGCUGCCUUGUUCCCGUGCCAAGAUAGACACCUGGGAUCAUGACACAAGGAAAAUUCAAUCUGUCUUAACAAUAAACAAACAAGAUAGACUGACCCACGUCAAAUUUUAAUACAUAUAACCGACAUUCUCGGUCCUGGGUAGCGGAAUGAGCGAGGACCUUGAA